GGCAGUCCGGCUCAGUGCGCUCGAGCUGUCCGCCCGGGGUGGGUCGCAUUCCGAUCAGCUGCUCACGCCGAGUCCGUCAAACAAACUGCGAUCUUGCAUUUAUUUCACGCGUGUUUUUUUUAACGUGUCGGGUGUAAAUUCGUCUCAAUUUUUUUUUUUUUUACGUUUCAACUAACUGGUGGGUAACUGAACCAGAGAACUAUCAGCCAAUAAUAAACUAGCAUUGAUCAAUUAGUAAAAAGUUUAUUCCAUGUGUGCAGGCGAAAUUUAAAAAUAAAUAAAUAUAUAUACAUUACACUCAUAUUUUAAUGAUGAAAAAUCCGAGCUAUCUCGAACCCGUGGAAUGAGCCGUGCGUGCAUCGGGGAAAAGGUAGAUAAAUAAACAAACCAGAAGGACGUUCAGUGUUUUACCGCACGUUAUCUCCGUGUCCACCCGAGCUGGCGGGUAAGCGACCCGAUGUAAAGGCCAAGGAGAGCGCGGAUGCCAUGUGACUUCCGCUUGAGGGAGGACCGCACAUCCCGCCCGGAAGACCAGAAGGAUCGCUGACGUCACCUCCCCCCCCCCUCCUCACCGAGAUGGUCACCGAGAAGAAGGGCGGCCGCAAGCUGCCCACGCCAAAGAUCAAGAUCACCAAAGCUUCGAGUCCCAGUUCUUCUAACAAUGGUGGUGAUAUAACAAGUGAUGAUGAUAUUCUCAGUGACUUCGAAGGUGUAAUUUCUGAAGAUGAUACAUUUUCCAAAAGUGUGCCGUUGCGCAAUUCACGCCGCAAGUCGGUCCUGCCUCCUGGUGGGCUCGGCAAGAAUGAGCUGGAAGUGUUGGACGAACCUUCUCCGCAGGCCUCCAUUACGAGCGUCAACAGCAUUUCCAGUCUGCUGAGGGAAAAGCUGGCAUUGACGUUGCCUGCCAUACUUAAGAAGAAGAGACGUCCUGAACAGUACAAACUGAAGGCAUUCGUUGGAAUUCUGUUCCUGUGCAUAGUAUUCCUUGUUGGGUUCGCUCACGUUUACUACCACCAGCAAGUUCUUCAGCGUGCAUAUUUUGAGUUCAUCCGCUUCAACCACGAAGAGCGGGUGGUGCGAGUCUACAAUGACGCAGGCGCCGAGGUCUUGCUCGGCGACUUGGGCACCAUGCUGAGGCCGGGGCGGGGACACAACUGCCUGGUUCGGGACCAGCGGUCGGACGGCUCCGUGUGCCUCGAGUGGAUGCACCAGGCCCGGCUGUACCUGAACCACCGCGCCCACGGUCCCGUGCACUGCUACCACGUCACCUGGGAGAGCUUGGCCGAGGGCUCCAAUCUGACCGACUGUUACGACUGGUCGGAGGACAAGGGACAUUGGUUCGGCGGGGGCCAGACCAGGGAGAUGGCUUGGCCCGCCGAGUUGGGGACGGUCGAAAUGUCCCCGUUCAUAACGGGCCACGUGGACAGCAGUCAGUGGGGCAACGCCCUGAAGCGUUACUUUAUCGGCUCUAAAGGCGUGACCAUCACGGUGGACCCCAACACUCCUCUUUAUGUUUCCAUAGGUGUCGAUGCCUCGAAACGAUUAUGCCUGCAUGCCAGGCACGAUGACUUUGCGUAUGCUUAUCCUUUGACACCGCUUCCAAAACUUAACUAUACUAUUUGCCGUGCUGCAAACAUGAAGUUAUUACAUUCUUUCCUUGCAGAGAAAAGUCUUUGGGAUGGGCUGAGGAAGGAUGAUCUGGACAUAAUCCAUUCCAUCAUUAGCGAACCAGUGUGGCAGGUAUCACCUUCCUCGAGCGAAGCUUUGACAGAGGCCGCAUUGUACAACUACACGGAAGAUAUAAUUGGCCUCGGGUUCCUGAGACAAGGCCACGUGCUGCUAAAUGAGUUCUGGCAGUCCCAUGCAGGGGACUUUGUGUUGGAUGAAUUGAGAUUCCCAACCUUGGAGGAAACCAUCAAAAUCAUUCAUCGGCGUGGCUUCCGCAUAAUCUUCACCAUCCAACCGUUCAUCAGCACGGAGUCUGUCAACUUCCACGAGGCGGUCGAGGAGCAGCUGUUGGUGUCUGAGAGGGGAGGCAGGCACCACAUCCCCUCUCUCACCACUUACAAGAGCUCGUUGAGUGCUGGCAUGCUGGACAUCACCAACAAUCGCGUGAUUCCCUGGCUUCAGGCGAAACUGAAAGGGCUGGUGGACGAGUACAGCGUGGACUCUUUCUACAUAGAUUACGGAACGGCCCACGACUUGCCGUACCAUUACCGCUUCGAGAACAAGCUGAGGAACCCGGACGAGUACAAGACGUUGUUCACGGAAGCGGUGCUUCAGAGCGUCGGAGUCACCGGCGUGUCGAGCACCAUCGUCCGGCCGCGCGCCCCGGUGUUCGUUUCCCUCCCGCCGUUCUCCUCAUCCUGGGAGUCGCUGGGGAUGGUCAUACCGACCGUUCUGACCUACGGAUUGACGGGGUACCCAUUCAUCAUGCCAGGUGCCGUCGGCGGGGAUUAUGAUAUCGAGAGUUUCGACGAGGACAACUUGACUACGACCACUGCGAAAACAGCAGAGGAAUUUUUGGACGAGUUUGACUUCCCGCUGCCAGACAAGGAGCUGUACAUUAGGUGGCUGCAGCUGGCUACGUUCCUGCCUGUGAUUCGCUACUCGCACCUCCCCAGCAAGUACGAGGACGAUGACCUUCUGGAGAUUGUCAAAGCCCUCACCACCCUUCGAGUAAAAACGGUGAACCCUCUGUUGAAGAAGUACGUUCAAGACGCGCUGGACUUUGGCACGCCGAUCAUCCGGCCGCUGUGGCUGCUGGACCCGCGGGACCCGGCCUGCCUCACCGUCGCCGACGAGUUCUCCGUGGGCGAGGAGCUGAUAGUGGCGCCGGUGCUGUUCCCCGACACCACCGAGCGGGAGGUGUACCUGCCCGCCGGCGUCUGGAAGGACGGGAUCGACGGCAGCCUGCGCAAGGGCAGUCGCUGGCUCCACAGCUACCGAGUGCCCAGGGAGAAAGUUGCCUACUUCAUAAAAAUGCCAGACAACACCCGCUUCUGAGUGUGUGCUGACGGUCGGCGUACCCAGGUUCUGGAAGGGACAGAACUCUGACUCAUUGGCCCACCUUGUUGCCGCGAAGGCAUUUAAGGCUGUCUCACACGCCAUGUUGGUUCCCCCCACCCCCUCCCCCAUUUGAUUUAAGGCUGUUCCUGUAAAUUUUUCCCGAUAGCUCCCGUACAUUACAUGUUUCGUUACAAACUAUGUCACUAGAUAUUAACCAGGUGGUAUUGAGGGUUGAUUGAUUUUAUUUUCUUACCAGAUUUUCACCAUAUUAUUUGUACCUGAAAGCUACAGUGGGUGCUAGCUUGGCAAUCCCUCUCGUGUUUCUUGAUUCUUGUGCGGGCGGCCAUUGUCAUGCUGCAGAAUAGACUCCAAAACUUGAUGAGUGGGGCUUAACCGUGCAUAGAAAACAUGUGUGGUUUUCAGGUACAAAAAUAAUUUGGAAAAUCUGGUAAAAAAUAAAAAUGUUAUGGCUAUGGAGAAAUUGCUUUUGAAUCAAGCCUUGUGAUAGCAGUAAAAAGGUGUGUAAGUUUACUAUUUAAUUGCACUUUAACAUAAUUGACAUUUUGGUUUUGUUUAUAGUUUGUGUUUACAAAGUGUUCAUUAUAAUGAUUGCUUUCGUGACAUUUUACAUCUUGAAAAUAAUGCUUGGUUAUUAUUAGGGCCCCCUGAAAGUGGUAAAUAAAAUUUUCAGAUUUCGUCAUUAAAAAUGAGCUAAAGCGGUGUUAAAAUUCACUUAAAAACACAAAAGCGGUGCUAAAAUUCGCUUAAAAACACAAAAGCGGUGCUAAAAACGUGAAAAAAAAAAGUGUGCGUGUUACUGUAAAUAUAUGUGAUAUUAUUUAAGUUAAAUAAUUUUACUUUAACCUACUCAUUACUGAAUACCCUAAACAAAUAGGUUACAUAUAUUUAUAUGACAAACUUUUGAUUUAGACACUGUGGAAAGUUCUUUACAUAUAAAUUAAGUCUUGUGAAUGACAAAUAUUGUUCACAUAAUUCACAACAAAGAAAUUAAAAUAUGUAUUUUCAACUUCACAUUAAAAUAUUCCAAGUUUCUGUUAAAAACAGCAACGCUUUAAAUGUUCGUGCCAAAGUACUUGGCAAGCAUCAAUUCAAUAUUGCUGGCUUUUAAACCAGUCCGCAAAUCACUAAAAAUGUGUCCAUACGCAGAGAAUGCCCGCUCACCGUCCACAUUUGAUGCAGGAAUCCACAGCACUGAAACUGCUUGUGUCACAAAUGUUGGAUGUCGCUCACGAAGACCUUGCAAAACUUUCAGGACAUCAAUGGUAUGCCCUUCUGCCAAAAUUCCAGCAACUUGCUGCUGAAAUGAAAGAUAACCUUGCAGAAAUUCUGUUUGAGUUAGUGUGUUCAUCAGUGGCAUAUGCUGUGUGCAUGCAAACAACUUUUCAUUGACAGUGUUAGUGGGAAUGUUUUGAACACCAAACAAUUUGUCGAUGGCACUGAAAAAACAUUUAGCAGUAUCUUUGUCCUUCAGACUUUGAAGUUUUGUAAGACACUUCAAGCCUAAGCUCUUGAGGUCUUCCUUCACAGUACACUGUUUAACUUGUGUUGGGAGUUUAUCAAUUGCAGCAGAGGUUUUUUCCCUGAAUAUGCCUCUGCUAACCAGCAAAAAGUUGUUCUCCAAGUCUGCCAACAUUGAGUACAAUUUGUGACUGAGCAAAUAAUGGGAUCCUUCAAGUUCCACAAUGUUCUCAAUAAGUGUGGAGCAGUGUUCUACGAGGAAUUGUGCAAAGCAUAUCACAGUGUCACGCAUUGUGAUACUCAUGUUACUGAAGUAUUCUGCAGCACUACCACCAUCAUCUAUCUGCUUGAAGAACUCAAUCAAGUCUUCAAGGUACUCUGCAAUGUACUCAACCGAAUGGAACCAUGAGUUCCACCUCGUCAUUACUGGUAAUGGGAAGAGUGUAGCUUUCUUUUCACCGCCUGGAUACUUAUUCUUAAGGAAUGAUGAGUAUCUAUGUUUUUUUUUGCGUGCAUUAAGAAAUGCAUGCUUUGCAUUUUGGACACACAUAUUCAAUUCGGGGAGUGAUGUGCUCCACAAACUAGCAAUGAUAUUAAGUUUGUGUGCCCAGCACUGAACAUGAACCAUACCAUCUGAGAAUAUUACCCGUAACGAGUCUAUGCACUUAGUCAUGCAGCGGGCAGAGUCACUAACAACAGCUACAACAUUUUCAUACUUAAUUUCGUACUGUGCCACUACAGACAAAAUUGCUCGUGAACACUCCGUUCCAUUUGCAUUUUCUAAUUCUUUAACUGCUCCUACAAAUAUACGCUGUGUACUGAUGUCCGCAAGAAUACGUAUCAAUACAAUGAACACACAACACCCCAUUCUGUUUGUUGUUUCAUCACUCAUAAUGACUAUCUUCUGAUUUGCUACAGCUUGCUUUACCUGUAGCGAGAGCUCCUCACUGAUUUUUGGUACAUAAGUUUCUCUUAAAACUUGGGCAGAUGGUAUGUCACCUGAACCUGAAAUUAAAGUACUGAAUAUGGACAUUGUUGACAUAAAUACGUAACUAUAAAGUAAACAUGUCUUGACAUCAUCCCUUCAUAUAAUUUUAAAUACAACCUAAUUUAUAUUUUCGAAAAUAUACUACUCCUAACAUCAAAAUUAACAAACCAAUUGACAUAGCAUUAUUUGUAAGUGCAAAAUUUAAACAUACCUGGAACAUAUUUAUGAAGCCAGUUUUGCAGGCACUUGUUAUCAACCUUUUCAAUUGGAAUAUUGGUUUCCAGCAACAUGUUGGUGAAAUCAACAAUAAAUUCCUGUUUAUUUUGUUUUAAUGUCUGGCCUUUAUCAAUUGAGCUGACAAUGCUCAGCUGUUUAGGAGUAGUAUUGUUUUUGAGAUGAUAUUCUUUCUUUUUUUUGUGAGAGUCGCCAUGUACAUGCUUUUUGCAUGUGUCUUUGCGAUGCCAAUCAACGCGACUGUCACAAUACUUGCACAUCAUUAUUUGGUUUUGUUCAUCAAAAAUGAAGAAACCAUCACUUUUGAAUUCCUGUGCUCUUUCAUGUAAUGAAAGGAAUUUCGGCAUUUUGUAAAACUUUUCACCAUAAAAAACGUCAACAUAUAACAACUGCACAGAUUUAAAAAAAUGCCAACUUGCGAGAUAUUACAGUUCGCCCGAUAAUCUGCUUGAUACCACAACGCUGUUCCAACUAUAUGCCAGCGCCCCCGGCUGACGUGAUAUGGCCACUCACGUAAAGCUGUUCCAAACACCGUUCGCCCAAUCAUCUGCUUGCUUUUGUAUUUAUCCGGUGAUGCUGUUCCAAGCUGACGUCAGUGCCCCGAGCGUUGUGCGUAGGCUUUAAACUUCGACUGUUUGUCUUAUCUAUCGAAACAUUAAGCCGGAAAGGAAAAUAAACGCCGUAGUUUUGCGUAUUUUUACAGUAUAUUUUUGGGUUUAACAUUUUAACGUGAGCGUGUGUAAGCUUUUGUUUGCUUUAGUGCAUUUAUGACUAAUGUUCACUUGCGGCCAUGUUGCGGUGUUUGUUUACCAGUGACGAGACAAGUCUUUUUUUUAAACAGUAUUUAAAUUUCGCGUAAAAACACCGCGAUUUCGCGUUUUAAUACUAAAUUUCGUGUAAAAAUGCUGUGUUAUGGCGAUUUCGCGUAAAAACUGUAUUAUACUGUGAUUUCGCGUUUAUCGUCGUUUAAUCGCGAUCGCGAAAAGUACAGGCCCCUAGUUAUUAUGUAUCUCUGGUGACAAUUGAGAUGAAAUUACAGGAAUAGUCUUUAAAUAAUAAAUAGUUAGGACAAAAAAGAGAAACAACCAAUAUUGUGUAUGGGACCAAGCCUUAAAGAAUGUUAAUAUCUUUAUUUGAAUUUAUGGAAGUAGAUUUUAUUUCUUGGACAAAAUAUAAUGUAAAUAGCGUAAAUAUGUAUAUUUUUAUACACUAAUGAAAACUAUCCAUCUAUUUAAUAUUAUUUAAACUGCAGCUAGUUGUUAGUUGAUUUGCAUUUACAGUAGUUGUAAUUUUUUUUAGUCAUUUUUUUCAGGCUACAAGUAUUUCUAUAGGAAAAUAUUUAUUGAAGUACAAAAUAAUCAUUUGGCUUUGGUUAAAGCAUUUAUUGCAUAUUGUUUUAGUUUUCUGAAGUGACAUUUUAAUUUGCUAUCAGCUAAUAAAGUAUUUAUAUUUAUGUGUAUUUAUAAGAUAAUUUUUGUAAGAUUUUAUGCAUUUAAUAACAAAGUACAGUAUCUCAUAUAAAAGGUAAGAUAAAAAUAUGUGAUUCCAAGCUAUCAAAGGGGUAAUUACUAUUGUCAUUUCACUGUCAUUUUUGUAUACUGGUAGGCUUAGCUGUUGUAAUGGUUGUCGUAUAUAUUGAAUGAAGUUCCUUUUAAAAUUGUAAUAGUUUUAAUUAUAUAGUUUCUAAAAAUUAAGUUCUUCUCCAAACAAAAUCAGGGCUUGACAAAAAAAUAUGUAUUUGAUUGUUCUAUCUCUUCUAAAUAUGGUUCCAUAUGUAAAGUGAAAAUUUCCAUUUUACAUAUUUAUACUACUAUUAGAAACAUAUGUUCACUAUGAACUACUAUAAUCACAAUAUUUACAAGUUCUCAUAAUUUUUUUUCCUUACAAAGUUUUCCAAUAACAUAUCAUCUCUAAUAAGUAUCUAUCUAUUAUAUAGUUAAUUACUGGUUAAGAUUUUUUGUAUUUAAUCUUGAAAGUGUGCCUGUCAUUUAUUAAUAGAGCAUGAGAAAAAAUAAUUAUGUAUGUAAAUAUAGAUGCUGGUUAUACUAUUAGAAUAUUCUUCUGUGAGAAAAUGUAAAAGAAGUAUUCAAAUUGUGGAAUGUGGUUUCAAAUUAUCAUAAAGACUUUGAAUUCUCCAUGUGGAGAAUAUCUUCAAUAAACAAUUUAUUUAAAUGCUAUGUAUAGAACAUACGUGGUAAGGUCCACUUCAUAGCUGAUGUACCCAACAUUUUGUUAUUUUCAAAUGAUAUAUGUCUAUAUAACAUACUAAAAGUACUCUAUGACAUGGUUUCAGGGUUUAGCCACAUCUUCAUGAUUACAUAGUAACCGGGUGAAGCUAUUUUUUGAUGUGUAAGCAUCUUAGCUCUCUGUAUACUGCGUUAGGCAGAAUUAAUUAUGUGAAUGGAACAUAAAUCGCAUGAACAGAAAUGUGUGACUACAGUGCUGAAGUCGUACGUGUAGCAACGUAAAACCCAUAUAUUGUCACUUUCUUAAACAUUAGGAGACAUAACAAAUUUAUUGGUGUGCCAAAUGAAACUUUAUGAUAGUGAAACUACCCUGGCAUAUAUUUGGUAAACUAAAACAGUCAUAAUGGAAAGAAAUCAAAAGUUUUAAAAUUCGUAAGAACCUGGAAUUACAAUAUUGAUAACACAUAGUCUCCUUCCUAGGCACCAAUAGACUCAGUAGUGAUGCGGUAGAGCACUCAGUCAAUAAGUCCUAGGCAUAAUUUUUGUCUUGGUUCAAACCCUGAUACUGGAAAAACAUUUUUUUUUUAAAUAACAUAACAUAAUAAUGUUGAAUUAGCUCAAUAAGGUAAAAGUUUGUUUGUAGGAAGUAUUUACAGACUGUUUUCAGUCAAUUUAGCAAAAACAAAUAUACAAACGUAUACUUAGUGUUAUAAUAUGUGUUUUAAAAUGUUUCCGGUUGAUAUUUUAUUAAUGCCAUAAAAGUGUAACUUCUAACAUUUGUGGAAACUUUAUAGUAUUAACUGUUUAGUGAAUUUUAACAAGAUGGUCAGUAUCUAAUAAAAUUCCUUGUCAAAAGUGAGGUUCAAAGCUGGGGUUUAGGAUUUUUUUAAAGUCAUUUUUGAUUUUAUUGGAGCCAUUUCUAUUAGUUAAAAAUUUUAUUCUGUUUCGUGCUACUGUCUGCACAUGAUGGUGGCAAGCAACGUUACGAUUAAGGCUGCGAAUCAUAGUGGCAGGUUCAAAAAGUAAAAGUGCGAUUUGCAAUCGGACACUUUGAUACUUGAAAAGUGAAAAUUUUAUUUAUCAAUAUAUUUACCAUGCUCUGCAUUAUUUUAAAGAGUUCUACUUUAAAUUUUUUGGGUGUGAGUUUCGUAUUAUAAUUUAUAAGUUUAUUUGUAACAUGAGAACUCAUGAAUUUGCUCAUUAACCGAAGUUAGAUGUUAACACAUUACUGGCGAGAACUGAAAGACUCUCUCACAUUUUUUUUCCCAUCAUGGUCUGCGCCAUGUUAGUUACACACCCAAAACAUUGGCUGAAGUGGCUGAAGUGAAGUGUUUGCAUUGUGGAAACAGUUUUAAAUGACUUGUUUUAACAAUGAAGAUUCUAAUUCAGACUUUCUAACCAUUGCUAGACGUGGUCAGGCAAAAAUCUAAAUUUUUUGGGAGUUAACAAUGUAGUGAUGGCGAAGUAAAAAGUGACUUAACUAUGUUACAGCAUGCCAUCUCGUGUCAGUUCCCAUUUCAUUGUUUGUAAGUAAUAAUUUUAGAGCCAUGUGCAAAAACAAAAUAACUUUUAUUAUCAAGCUAAUUUUCAUCAAAAUCCAUUGUGUAAUUAUUUUUGCAUAAUACUGUAACAAAAAUUGACAGACAAAAUUUUUAAAAAAAGAUAAUGUUUUGGCCUCGUUAUUACUUCUUAUUACGAUUUAUACUACUAUUUUAGUAAAUAUAUUGUAUGUACAGACACAACUUUUUUAUUAGACUGUUUUAUUUACUUUAUGUACAUAUAGUUGUUAAGAGCCAUUUUCUUUCAAUAUAUCAGGUACAUUGAUUUACAUUUGAUUUUUAUUUUGGCUAUGUGUUAAUAUGUUUUUUUAUAGUGCAGCAUUUGAAAGUUGUGUUUGUGUAGGUAAAUUGUAUCUCUGCUUUCCUGCAUUAGUGUUUAUGUUUAUCUUUUGUAUGUUUUUAUUCAUGUUGUGCCUAUCUUAAAAAGUUCAAUUACUGUUGGUAUUCAUAUUACAAGCAAAUAAAUUAAUAAAGCUACAAAAUAUAUUUUUUAAGUACUGUAAGUACAAAUAUAUUUUAUUCUUUCAACAAAAUUUUUAAACACAUUUCUGUUAAUGCAUUAUAAUAAAACAUUGGUUAAGCCCACCAUGCCAAAUACAGUAAUUAGGUACUUAAGUUGCAAUAGUAGUAGGUAAUUUAAUGAAAAUUUCUUGACGUAUAUUUGCAUUAUUGAAACAAAUGUAGCAUUUUGUAAAUGCAACAGCAAUGAUGAUGUUACAGAAUUAAAGGACAAUCUGUAAAUUCCUGCAAAAUUAUAUGCUCUUAAUUUUUUCCAUUCAAUUAUCUUUUCUUUAAAUUUUUAAACAUAAUACAAAAAUAAAAAUAAUGGGGAAAAAAAUAUAAUGAAAUAGAUUUUUUUAAAGUGUGAUAUAACUUGACAAAAACAAAUUAAGAUGUCUACUACUUUAAAAUAUUGAAUGUUUUGUGUUAAACAGCUCAUAAUUUGUGACAUGUGUAUAUUUUUUGUUUGUAAUGUUGGUUGUUACCUGAAAAUAAAGUUUUUUUAUAUUAUCCAGUAAAA